AUGUCAUCCGGAAAACAAAGCGCUGAAAGUGAAUAUGAAAUUGCUUAUCGUUCAACAAUCCAACCGCGUACAGCUGUACGUACACAAAGUCGACAAUCCGGAAGUUACAGCAGCGGUACCGUAGUUGGUGGAGGUGGCGGUAAGGCCGUUUUUUUUUUCCUGAGAAUUUUAUGCAAAUUAUUGUUAAGUCAAAACAAAGGUUGA